AUGGGCCUGAAAGAAGGGGUGACUGUGGCCAUACCGGAUGCAGAGGGUGAGGUUGCUCUUGCUAGUGUGCCCAUCAAGGUGGAAUUCACUGGCCAGGGCACACAUUCUCUCACACAGAAAUGUCAGCAUGAGCACACAGAUGAAAGCUUGUCAAACAAAGCAUUCAGCCAAAAUGCUCCACCCAUCAAGCAAUGUCGCACAUUGAAAAAUGUAUAUCCACAUUCCCAUCUUGCCCCACUCAUCCUCCAAGCACCUGCUGCAGCACCUCCACCCACUGUUGGAUGCAGAUGGUCUAUGUCCGACUGGUCCUGCUCAUACAAUAGCGUGUUCAUGGUUUUCUGCUACAUGUAUGCCCAGGCUGAUGAAAACUGGCAGAUGACAUGGGCCCAAGUGAAUCCCCUGUGCGGCACAUUGGCAGCAUCAUUUGAGUUCAUACUGCAGUCUGACACCAACUGUUUCUCACCUGAGGGUGCUCGCAUAGCAUCCAUCGUCACCAUUCUCAGACUGUUGUGUGGUGAUGAUGAGCCGCUCCUGCAGAUGGUCCCCAUGUCUCCUUCUGGUUUCCCCCCUGCUGUCGCUUUACUGAACUUUGGACUGCCUCAAUAUUGUGUGGCAGUUCGGAAUUCAGACACAUCCAAUGCACAUAUGUCACUCCAACUCUGGUUAGACCUUUGGCUACAAAGGCAACUUGUCAGGCUCAAUUGUGGCCACUGUGCCUCUGAGAGGGAAGAAACAUUCAUUGUACCAUCACAUGACAUUGGCCUGCAUGAUGCCCCUCCUGUAAUCUUCUUUGAGGUGAUGCCCCACAAAGUUGGUGUUAUUGUGCCAUCAGAUACACUCACCCUAUAA